GCCAGCCAGCCAGCCAGCCAGCCAGCGUGUGCUGUUGGCUGUGGUUGUUUACAGUUCCCAGGGCUUCCAUCAGUGAGAAGCACCUGCCAGCCUUGCGUGCUUCUACGACUCUGCACCUGCAUCGCAACCCCCCUCUGUCUCUGGAUUCUUCUAUUUACGCAUGCCACCUUGCCAUUGCAACGUGCCUGAUCUUGUAUCACAUCUCAUCAUCCAUUCACAAACAAACACAUUUGAGCAAUCCUACUUUUCUUGGUUACGCCUUGUCAAGAGACAUCGAAUAGUCUUCGAAGCAGCAUCAUCUUUGUCUUCGCCCGCCCACUUUCUUGUUUCCCUUGCGUUUGCAGCAUUUACGGUCCAUCAACAAAUACACAUCAUGGCUUCAUCAACUAAUCCUCCAUACGAUGCGCAGGCCUCUACAAAUUACAAGGAAGCAUUUGCUCUAUUCGACAAGCGGGGAAACCAACGUGUUGCGCUCGAUAGCUUGGGAGAUUUACUACGAGCAUGCGGUCAAAACCCAACUUUGUCCGAGAUUCGCGAUUUGGAGAAGAAUGUUGGAUCUGAUUGUACGCUUCUUGAUUUCUUCCCCCCAGACUUGCAAUAAAUUCCGCGGAACCCGGAAAUCAGCUUGCUGACUAUAUUCGCAGUCGACUUCGAGACCUUCUCCAAGAUCCUCAACCGACCUGGUGGUUUCCGCGAACCCGGCGAGCCUGAAGAAUAUUGCCGCGGUUUCCAAGUUUUCGACAAGGACAUGACGGGUUUUAUCGGUGUGGGACAACUGCGAUAUAUUCUGACGAAUUUGGGAGAGAAGAUGAGUGAUGAGGAGGUUGAUGAGCUGUUGAAGGCUGUUGACACUAGUUCGGGGGAGAUCAACUACACUGGUAUGUUUACAGCAAAAUAUCUAUUUACAGACGGAUUUCCAUGUUUUAUUCUGGACAAGGAAGAAGUAUACUUUGAAACCAAGCUGACAUCAUAUCAAAGAUCUCGUCCGAACAAUCCUCGCAAACUAGACGCACCGGAACUCUCGAAAGCGGCAGUCAUGGUCGAUAUGGUGGUAUGACAUUUCUACAUUAAAUUCAUGGCAUGGAUAGGGGCUCACUCAGGGCUGGGGAGGCGUUUUACGUUGCAUGAAAUAUGGUUCUUUUGAAAGAAAGCUUCCGGGGAGCUGGGCGUGAAUCACAUGAAUUCUGCUUUUUUUUUUAAUUCCUAUUGGUAUGUACGAAUAUUAUGGUACAUAGCUUAGGAAAACAGUGAUUGCAUCUGAUGCAUUUUUUAACUCGCUUUACAUUUUGGGGGUAUCAUUUCCGCGUCUAUUUAAAUCCAUAAUCAAAA